GCAGCUCCGGACGCGGGGCAUGAGCGGCGCCCUCCCCUGGCCCGCGCGCGUCCUGCCGCCUCCCCGAGCGAAGGUCGCGCGGCGCGGGGCCUAGCGGUGCGCGCGAUCCCGGCGCGGCGGGCGCCAUGGAGGUGAGCGGGCCGGAGGACGACCCGUUCCUGGCGCAGCUGCACCGGGUGCAGUGCCCCGUGUGCCAGCAGACCAUGCCCGCCGCGCACAUCAACUCGCACCUGGACCGCUGUCUGCUGCUGCACCCGGCGGGCCAGGCGGAGCCCGCGGCCGGGCCGCCCCGCGCCAAGCGGCGCCGGCCGUCGGAGAGCUCGGCGCUCAAGCAGCCGGCCACGCCGACGGCCGCCGAGAGCAGCGAGGGCGAGGCCGAGGAGCCGGACGACGGCGGCGAGACCGAGAGCCGCGAGAGCUACGACGCGCCGCCCACGCCCAGCGGCGCGCGCCUCAUCCCCGACUUCCCGGUGGCGCGGCCCGGCAGCCCGGCCCGGAAGGGCGCGGGGAAGCGGCCGGCGGCGGCGGCGGCGGCGGGCAGCGCGUCCCCGCGGAGCUGGGACGAGGCGGAGGCGCCGGAGGAGGAGGAGGCGGUGGGCGACGCGGACGGCGACGCGGACGCGGACGGGGACGGCGAGGACGACGCGGGCCGCUGGGACGCGGACGCCGCGGCCGCCGCGGCCGCCGCCUUCGGGGCCCCCGGGGGCCGGCCGCACGCCCGGGCGCCCGCGGCCGAGGAGGUGCGGCAGAUGCUGGAGGGCAAGCCGCUGGCCGACAAGAUGCGGCCCGACUCGCUGCAGGACUACGUGGGGCAGGGCCGCGCCGUGGGGCCCGAGACGCUGCUGCGCUCGCUGCUGGAGGCCAACGAGCUGCCCUCGCUCAUCCUCUGGGGGCCGCCGGGCUGCGGCAAGACCACGCUGGCUCACAUCAUAGCCAACCACAGCAAGAAACACAGCAUAAGGUUUGUGACGUUGUCAGCAACCAACGCCAAGACAACCGACGUGCGCGACGUCAUCAAGCAAGCUCAGAACGAAAAGAGCUUUUUCAAGAGGAAAACCAUUCUUUUUAUUGAUGAGAUUCAUCGGUUCAAUAAAUCUCAGCAGGACACGUUCCUUCCCCACGUGGAGUGUGGGACCAUCACCCUGAUUGGGGCGACCACAGAGAACCCCUCCUUCCAGGUCAAUGCCGCUCUUCUGAGCCGCUGUCGGGUGAUCGUUCUUGAGAAGCUACCAGUGGAGGCAGUGGUGGCCGUCCUGAUGCGGGCAAUUAACACCCUGGGCAUCCACGUCCUAGACUCCAGCCGCCCUGCUGACCCCCUGAGCCACGGCAGCAACAGCAGUUCUGAGCCCUCCGUGUUCAUCGAGGACAGGGCGGUGGACACGCUGGCCCACCUCAGCGACGGGGACGCCCGGACCGGGCUGAACGGCCUGCAGCUGGCGGUGCUGGCCAGGCUGAGCGCCAGGAAGGCGUUUGGUAAGAAGAGCGGGCAGACCUACUCUCCCAGCCGGGUCCUCGUGACCGAGGGCGACGUGAAGGAGGGCCUCCAGCGCUCCCACAUCCUGUACGACCGAGCAGGCGACGAGCACUACAACUGCAUCUCCGCCCUCCACAAGUCGAUGCGGGGCUCGGACCAGAGCGCCUCCCUCUACUGGCUGGGGCGCAUGCUGGAGGGGGGCGAGGACCCACUGUACGUGGCCCGGCGGCUGGUGAGGUUCGCCAGCGAGGACGUCGGGCUGGCCGACCCGUCCGCGUUGACACAGGCAGUCGCCGCCUACCAGGGCUGUCACUUCAUAGGCAUGCCUGAGUGCGAGGUGCUCCUGGCCCAGUGCGUGGUCUACCUGGCCCGAGCCCCCAAGUCCAUCGAGGUGUUCAGCGCCUACAACAACGUGAAGGCCUGCCUGCGGGGCCACCCGGGCCCGCUGCCCCCCGUCCCGCUGCACCUGCGCAACGCGCCCACCCGACUCAUGAAGGACCUGGGCUACGGCCAGGGCUACAAGUACAACCCCGCGUACAGCGAGCCGGUGGACCAGGAGUACCUGCCCGAGCAGCUGCGGGGCGUGGACUUCUUCAAGCAGCGGCGGUGCUGACUGCGGCCCCGCUGCAGCGCGGGCGGACGCGGGGUCCCUUGGUGGAGGCACGGUCACUUCAGCUGCGUGUGUGACAUUGGGGUUGUGUUCACUUGCACUCUGUGCAGCAGUUACGCUUUGAGACCAUCUGGCAGCUUCGUGCUGUGAUUCAUGUUAUGCGGAGUUCUCUAUUUUGUCAUAGUAUUUAAGUCAUAAUGUCACUUCAGAAUUCAGUUCUGUAGGGGUUUUUUUCCUUUAAAAAAUUGUAUAUUCUCAGUAGUUUCAAUUGGUAAAAAAAAGUAAUUGUGAUUUAAUACUGCAUAGUGUUUUGGGUAUUUUUUUUAUAUGCAAAGGUCUUAUGAGCCAAUAAAACUAUUUCAAAGUACUCUUCAA